UCGAUCUCUCUCUGUGUGUCUCUCUCCCUUUUCAAUCCUCCUCCUCCUCCUCCUCCUCAAGCCCCACCCAGCAUAAUGUGCCUGUUCAUGUGCGCCUCUGUGCGUGUGGGAUAAAAACUUUUCCAGCACCUCCCAAACAUUAAAGAAGCCACAGGGCAAACAGUGGGACACUUGGGCGAAGGCAGAGGCUGCCACCGGAGACGGAUUACAUCCACCCUUUUUUCUUGUCUUUUUUUUUACUUUUGUCUUCUUGGCUUCUUUUUCUUCUUUGAAAAAACUAAGGAUCUGGAAUUUUUUCCCCGUUUUGUUUUGUUCCUUGGUCUUUUCUAACCCGUUUGGAGGGGGCCCUGCUCACCCAAAGGAUCCCCGCACACGUUCCAGGAUCCUCCAGCAGUCUGAAAGAAGGAUACGAUAUAGAUAUAUAGAUAUAUUCGCCUGGGGAGAAAUUUCGGAUUCUGGCGUUUCUCUCUUCGGUUUCGGCGAAGAGACACCCGACGGAUUCGGUUUAUCGAAUGGACCACCAAUCUACCCCCAGGAGCUGCAGCCGGGGGGGCCCAGCCUGCGAAGCCGUCCAGAGCGAGCCGUCCAUGAAUGUUUUCGUCCACACGACCACCGGAGCCCGGUAUGAGCUCUCUGUGCCCGUGGAAGAGACGGUGGAAGGUCUGAAGAGAAGGUUGUCUCAGCGGCUCAAAGUCCCCAAGGAGCGCCUGGCUCUCCUGCACAAAGAAAGACGUCUUAGUUCGGGCAAACUGCAAGACCUAGGGGUUAGCGACGGAAGCAAGUUGACCCUCGUACCUACAGUCGAAGCUGGAUUGAUGUCGCAAGCAUCCAGACCGGAACAGUCCGUGAUGCAAGCGUUGGAAAGUUUAACAGAAACUCAGGUAAACGACUUCUUGUCGGGACGGUCGCCGCUGACCCUCGCCCUCCGCGUCGGGGAUCACAUGAUGUUCGUCCAGCUGCAACUCGCGGCCCAGCAGAGCGGCGCUCAGCUGCAGCACCGCCACGUGGUCGCCAGCCGCGGGGAGCCAACUGGCGGCGCGGCACCACCGACGACGCCUCUGGCAGCGGCCGGACCAGCCGUCUCCGGCUGCCGCCCGCUCCACGGCAGCGGCCCGGCAGCCUCCGGUUACGCCCGGGUCCCCGCAGUGCCCGCUUGCCCGCCGAGUCCCCCCGCCUCUCCCUCGCCAGCUCACGCCACGCCUAUGUACUGUAGCCCCGCCCACCCCACGCCCGUCACGGCGGGGAUGUUCCGGUCGCACGGGGCCAGCGCACAAGCCGUGGGCAGCAGUGGCAGCGUCUCGCCGUGCUCGGAGGUGGAUUGCACCACUCGGAGUAAUGGCUCGCCCAGUGCCGGCCCGGCCCAGCCCUCCCGUACCCGCAAACCCGGCGCUGUGAUUGAAAGCUUCGUGAACCACGCUCCUGGCGUCUUCUCGGGAACGUUCUCUGGCACUUUACACCCCAACUGUCAAGACAGCAGCGGCCGGCCGCGGCGGGACAUCGGUACCAUCCUGCAGAUCCUGAACGACCUCCUGAGCGCCACCCGGCACUACCAGGGCAUGCCUCAGUCGCUGACGCAGCUGCGCUGCCAGGCGCAGUGCUCCCUGUCGCCCACGCCGUCCUCCUCUACGGAUCUCGCCGGCAACACUACCUCAGACAAGAUGGCCGCCGCCGCCACUAGCCAGUCCUUGCAUUUGGGGGCCCACUGCCCGGGCCAAGCGGCAAGCUGCAAACCCACCGGCGACCGCUUGCGGCAGACGGAGAACCGUGCCACCCGUUGCAAGGUGGAACGCCUGCAGCUCCUGAUGCAACAGAAACGCCUCCGCCGGAAAGCUCGCCGCGACGCCCGCGCCCCGUACCACUGGCUUCCGAAUCGCAAAUCCAGCCGGACCAAUAGCAACAGUAGCGUCUCCAGUGAAGGCAGCCUGGACUUAGAUUUCGAAGACUCUGUGUGGAAACCCGAAGUCAAGGCAGACCUGAAAUCUGAAUUUGUCGUAGCAUAAAAAUAAAAAAAAGAUUGCGGAAGUCACAAACUUCGGGGGAAGGGGGACCGAUUUGGGGAGGGGAGGGAUUUGGAGCAACGGAGAGGCGAAAAGGACCAUUUAGUAAUCAUGAAAUAAUGCCGUUUUGGUUCCGACGAGGGCGAAGUUUGGGGGCGUUUUGAUUCGAAAAGACUCGGUCGCUGCGGAUUCCUUUGGAUCAGACCCCGUCUUCGGAUGUGUUUAGGUGGAAGCGACGUCCCCUUGGAGAACAGUAUUUUCUAUAAGUUUCAAAACAAACGGGAAAAAUGCACCUGGUUUUCCUUUCAAGAGCUGAAACAGCUUGGAGCAAAUCGAGCCGGGAAGAGCCAUUCCUUACCAGGGAGCGGACUUGAAAGGAAGAUGGCGAACACUUUGGCGGGGGGGUGGGGGUGGAAUUGGGUGGUUUCUUUCUUUUUUGCCGUUUAAGAAAAGGGAUUCUUUAACCGACUGCCUUAGACUGCGUGUGGAAGAGAAGACGGACCCAGAAGAUAGCAGGGAGCUGGACUUGCCGAGCUGGCGUGGAUUUCAACCUCCCUGGCAUCGUAAUUUUAUUUUGUUUUCAGGCACAGGGAGGGAAAAGCGAAGGCGGUGAAGAGCGGCAGGGUCAGGAGAGAGGAUCCUUUUCGCUGUCCACAAAGCGGCUUGCUCCCCUGUGAAAUCGGCGAGGGUGUCCGUUCAAAAUCGGAGGCAGUUUGAGUGCUGGAAGCGUCCUCUUUUUUAAAAAAAAAAACACGAAACGACGAGAAAUUGGGUUUUUAUUUUUAUUUUGGUGACUUCUGUGUAACGGGAAGCGCUGUGCAUUCUUCAGGCGGAGAGGGGCCCCCCGAACGGGAUGGGUCGGGUCGGUCAAAAGAUGGAUUUGAGGGGGGAUGUGUGUGUGCGUGUGUGCGUAUAUGCGUUUCUGUGUCCUUUCUUUCCUUUCUCCUUCCCUUGAUAAUGUAGCAUUUCUCAACGGAUCUUCAAGCUGUCGAAUCUGAACUUCUCUCUUCCACGGACGUUUCCAUUGCCAGGACCGCAUGCACUUUAUAGAGGUGUGAAUCGCGUCACAAGCCCAUAAACUGUUUUUGGAUCUCCCAAGAUGAUUCUGGGGAGCGGAGGAACAGAACGCUCACUCAACCCCGAGUACCUCUCAAACUCUCUCUGCGUUGUUGUACAUCUUCGAUGCGAUAUAUAUCGACUCUAUUUUUUUUUUUAAUUGUGCACAUUAAACGUUAGCGAGAUUACUGGGUUUUGCUUUUCUUUUCAGGUCUGUGCAACUCCUUCCUCUUCCCCUCAAACCAUUCCACGCCCCCUCGGCUCUUCCACACAAAAAUAAUUCAGCAUCAUCCUCUACGACGUUUGGUUCCAUUUGUGGUACAGUCAUCACCGGAUUACUCCUGACGUUGCCGCCUCCUUUAUUCUGGGCAAAGGUGCACAUCUACCUUCCUACAACCACCCAGUCCUCCUAGGUUGAAUCCCCCCGGCUUUUUUAGCACCCAGGAAGCACCGGCACCCUUGACAUUCCGUUUCGCUGACCUCAUCCCCCAUGCGUGUAGAUGAGCCCAUGCGCCCGCUCAAGAAAUCCCGAACCUACGCUCUGCUGUAGAGUUCCUUUUUCUCUCUCCAUUUUUUUAAAAAAUAAAAUUAACACAAAAUAGUAUCAGGUAAUUCUUACUGAGAUACUUGGCUCUCUGUGUGUGUGUGUGAGAGAGAGAGAGAGUGUGUGUGUUUUUAAGUUAUUAUUUAUAGACUAAAAUUAUCUGAGCCAGUAAUUUUUUUCCCUAGGCUGUAGAACUUUUGUCCUCGUCUUCAUUAUUAUUUUUUUCUUCUGUGCAAACCUAGCAAACCACAAGUGUGUUUGUGUGUGUGAAUGCGUGUUUUCGAGCAAGGGAGCAGGCAUCCCAUAAUAGAGACGGCGUGGGUAAUGUGUAGGGGUCCCAAGGAACUGCAAAAUGGAACGAGCGAUAAUUCACACAAAGCCGCUGGUUUUGUUACGUUUAAAGUGGCUAGGGUGUUACGGGACGUACCGCCGGGCCUCUCUUCACAGAAGAUAACCCUUUCCCCCCCCCCCGCAAAAAAAAAAAGACUUCCCAGGGAUUCCUUAACCCAAUUCCAAACUGAACAGACCAUUUCCAAAACCUGCGAUUCCACCUGUCGAGUUUUAAUUUGUAUUUUUUUUUGCGUUUCGUCUCUAAAAACCGAGUGAUCUGGACGGUUGCCUUGUGUCGAAGCAGGGGAGGUGGGGAACCGCCGGCUCAACUCCCAUCAUCCCCGAUUGCUGCCUGGGGCUUAUGGGUGUUGGAGUCCGAAAAGCCGCACGUUCCCCGGCUGAUAUUGGAGAAGGCUGAUAGAAUGUUGCAAGAUUAGGCGGCCUGCAGUAAAAGAUUGGGAAAUUAUCUUCGGAACUUUUUAUAAGCCUCCGCGGUGCUCUUAUCUUCGGACUCUCCUGUUCUGGUUCUGAUGUGUGUGUUUUAUUUUGAGCCUUAAUUUAACCAGAUUUAAAGACAGGAUUUUGCAUCUUCUGCCUUCCCUUUCCCCCACCACCCCUACAUUUCUCCUCUCGAUUCGUGUUUGCUCACACCCCUCUUUCCAGAUGUUGAGGCUUGAUGGUGGAGGAGGCAGGCAGCACCAGUUCACACCUGGAUUUGUCCUGAGGAUUUUACACUACUUGUCCAAUAUGCGUUCCCCCCCCCCUUUCUUUUUAAACUUCUGAAGCAAGUGCCUCACUUCGGAGUUUGUUUGCGAAUCGGUCGCUUCGUUAUUCUUACUUAAUUGCCUUGUGUGGAAAUCCUAUCUUUCUCCUUCUGGGCUGUUGAUUCUUGCUUGCCAUGUUGAUUCUUGCUUGCCAUCCUUUAAAAGGAUGCUUUGGCAUCCUUUUAAAGGUGUCUCUUAAGCCCUGCCCACCACUUCCUGGAAGCCAGGAUGAGACACUCUAGGGGGGGAAAGGAAACCGCUUGGAAGAAACUCUAUGCCCCAGCAGGACCUGAGCUUUGGAGCCCGUGUUGGGAAUUCAUGUUCAGUUGGUGCAUUUUUUUUAAAAAAAUGAGAACGAUUCUUAAAGCCUUGUCAUAUAGUCAGUUAAAUCUCCCCACCAAAAAAACCCCAACCCUGAAGGGACACCCCUAUGAAUAUUUAGGCCAAAAAAAACCUUCAUCUCCCAGCAUUCCCCAGCCAGCCAUGCUGACAGAGGCAUACAGGGAGUUGUGGGCCUCUGUCUAGCUAUGCAUAGGAUCGAACCCUGAAAUUUUUACACGCUAAUUGAUGUGCAUUAGGAACUGAGCAAAAUCGGUCUUGCCUCUUCCAACGGCGAGCAGUUAUGCCCCAAUUAAAAGAAACACGUUUCUGCCUUCAUCUUUACCUCCCAACCAAAUUGGAUGAACCCGGAUAAAAUCAGAGCAAAUUCCCUAAUGGUUGUCAAAGCUCUUCCCGCACGACUAUGGAAAAAGGUGACGUGGCUAAAGCCAAACGGACAGUUUGCAUAUCAAAAUGAAAAAGCAGGUUGUGUUUGGGGUAUUGCUUCCCCUUUAAUGCACACUAUGUCAUAAAAACAUAGCCACAAAGGUGUGCAGGCCAGGGAACGAAAAGCGUUGCUUUUUAUAAAAACCGGAUUUUGCGACAUUCCCUGACAACGUAUCUGUGUUUUGAAGCGAUGCUGAAAAAAGAUGGGGACCUGGAUUUGGAACUGGUGCUGGCGACCUCCGUGAAUUCUUCUUUUCCUCUUUCUCCCUCUCCUCUUUUUAUGGAUGAAUUCGAAUCCAGAACCCCUUAAAAAAUGGAAGAACGAGUGUCUUCCAAAGAAUCUAAAGAGUCGGUCCUAAAAUGGCUCUCGGGCUCCAUUUCGGAAGUCGGAUACGGAGUUUUCGGCUCGCCUCUUUGAAUCGUGGGCAACGCUCCACGCCCACAGUGUCCCGUGUAGCAGGGUCCACUUUAUCCCCGACCUUUUGCGUAUUUUCCAAAAGUCGCACAGCCAACCUCACUCCACUCCGCCGCUGCCGCCUCUGACCAGCGUUGCCAAAACCGGUAAUCUCUUGCCAACCACAGCGAGAAGGGGAAAUUGCUCCCCCUCUGGUCAGAUCGUGCUGUUACACUUCCUGUUCCUUUUCCCUAGAUGUGAAAUUCGUUUGUAUGUGAUGCUGUAUCAGGUUUUUAAUUUUUAAAAAAACGUGUUUUUUUUAUUACAUAUUUAAAUAUUCUACUUUUUUUUUUUGUACGGUGCGAAUGUGCGUCCUCUUUUCCCAUGGAUCCAUUUUCCCACCUUCUCAUCUUGUGGGAGGUGGGAUGGUUUGAUUUUUUGCGUUUCUUUGUUUCUGGAUGAUUUUAUUAUUAUUUUUAAAAUACCGAACGGCAAAAAGGACAGUCAAAAGCAUUACAAAAUAUGUCUCCUGUGCGCGUCUGUGUGUGGGUGUGUUGAAAGGCGGAAAUGGCAAACGGGAUGAGUUGACCUGUUUUAUCACCUCAUUUAAGUUACUUGUAUUAAAUAAAGAAGAAACUUUUAAAACAUGGUUUAAAAAAAUAAUAAACACAAAAUAAAGAUUGCUUGAGCCACA